UUAUCAUAAUCUAUGGCACAUAUUUUAAUACGUACACCUCUGACGUACUGCAAACACGCACACUUUCCGUAUUACUUUAUUACCUUCAGUUUCAGAGUUUCCAAACGUGAUUUGGUGCAUCGAUAGCGCCCACAUUAAAGCUCCUUCAGUCAAUGAGGGAGUCUAUGUUAAUAGGAAGUCAUUUCACAGUAUCAAUGUGCAGGUAACUAUUUUUUCCAGUUCAGAAUCUUUGGGUUUAAAGAUUCCAUUAAACUUAUUACUGUUUCCAUUAACUAGGUAAUAUUUGAUACAACCCAUCUCAUCACUAAUGUUGAAGCCAAAUGAUCAGGGUCAGUGCAUGAUUCCAGAAUCUUCAGGGAAUCGUCACUAUGUCACAUGUUUUAACAGGGAGCUCGGAGUCUGCGCCAGCGCAAAGACAUGUCCAGCAUUUACCCAUCUACUGGGGUCGUCACACGGUCCACCCAAUACCAAGGCCCUGGUAUGGCGGUUCAAAAUCAGCCUACCCGGACCGUGAUACCGACCGCUCCUCCCCAAAGCCCAGCGACGGCAGUACAAUAUCCACCAAACCAGCUGAUGACGAUAACCACCACCUCCCACGGCCCAGGAAUGGCCGUACAGCAUCAGCCUACCCAGAUAAUGGCGAUGCCUUCCACCUCCCAAGGCCCAGGGAUUGCUGUACAGCAUCAGCCUCCCCAGAUAAUGACGAUCACCACCACCUCCCAAGGCCCAGGCACUUGGAGCACCGGCCUUUGCCACUGCUGCUCUGAUAUGAGCACCUGCUGCUUCGGGAUGUGGUGUUUUACCUGCAUGCAGUGCGAGACUGCCAACAAGUUUGGCUGGUGCUGCUGCGUUCCCACGCUGGAUUUGUGCUGCGUGGUGUCUUACCUACUCCGGACCUCCAUUAGACAGCGCCACAACAUUCAUGGCUCGUGUUGUAAUGACUACUGUACGAUAUGCUGGUGUUACCCAUGUGUUUGGUGCCAGAUGCGGCGCGAGCUGAAGAUCCGGGACAGGAAGCCAGCCACCGUGCAGGUGGUCACUACACAGCUACCGCGGGUACACACUGCUCAGAUGUACUGAUUGAGUCUUACAUAUUAUAUAUUUUUUCUAAUGUUGUAAUACGGAAGUGUUGCUCUGUUUGUUGUCUUGUUCAGUGUUUGGCUGAGGAUGACAAGAAAAAGAUGUGUCAAUUGUAGCAUGUAACUUUUGAUAUGCUUGCACAGUAAGUGUUUUAGGUUUCAAGUUACCGUGAAAUGCUAGAAGGACCUCUGAUCUGAUCACAAUCUCACUGCCGUUGCUCUUUGAUUCCUUCGCUGAGUUAACCUGAGUGACAGUAAAAGCGUUACGUACAGGAAGCCUUCAAACUUUAAAUCUUCAGCUAAGGUUGCUGCCAACAUGUUUGUUUUCAAUGUUCAGUGCAAUAUAUCAAGAACAAAUAAAAACUUUGUUCCAUGAGGCACAAAUUAAAAAAAAUAAUUAAAAAAUGGUGUGCAAUGGAGUGUAUAU